UGUGAGCUCUUGUCUCUGCUAUACAAAAUGUGAUUGUAUCUUGUUUUACCUAGUACGUUAAUCAGAAACAACUUCUUUGUUUGGCAUCGUAACUCGGCUUUGUUUACAGUACACUUGCUUUCAAACACAACAGUAGUAAUGAAUAGAUACAUCUAUAUUUAAACGGGCCCCAUUCUGUAAACCUUUCUUUCAAUACAUCAUCUUUAGAGGCCACACUUCUAUCCUUUCAAGCAAUAACAGUUUCUAUCCUAAAAGGGCCAAUAGACAAUUCACGCUCAUUACUAAAACCACUACUUCGCCUGCGCAAAUACAAAAUUCAAAAUGGCCAGCUUCCUCAUCAGCUGUCUGGAACAACUGUACCAUAUACUCUCAGUCAUAAACUUCAUCAACAUUCUCACGAUAGAAACCUCCGCAAUGGAAAACUCCACGACUAACGAAGCUCCACCAAAGACGCCUAGCACAGAGCCUAGUGUAGAGCCCGAGGAGGAUAUUGAAUAUGAGGAUAUGGGUAUGGCUGUUAUGGGCAUCGAACAUGUUCAGCUGUAUAACGCAGGCGGCUAUCAUCCGGUCCACCUCGACGAUAUUCUCAUCAGCCGGUUUGAAGUAGUCCACAAACUUGGUAGUGGUGGCUUCGGUAUCGUUUGGCUCUGUCGCGACUUGAAGUUGGGCAAGUGGAGGGCAGUUAAGAUCAUAGUUGCCAAUCGUUCGUCUGAUUGUGCUGAAAAGAAAAUCUACGAUCGUCUGCGAAAUCGAUAUACCCUAGAAGAGCUCGAAGAACACCACAUAACAGUACCCUUGGAGGAAUUCUGGAUAGAGGGCCCCAAUGGUCGCCACCUUUGCCUCGUAAUGCCAGUGCAUGGCUCGACGGUCGCAAGCUGGCGUAUGUCUAUGAGAGAUUGGCAAGAGGGGGCCGAUACGACCUCCAAAAACGUAUGCUCUCAGAUCAUAAAAGCUGUAGGCCUUCUGCAUAGAGAGGGUAUAUGCCACGGGGAUCUCAGACCAGACAAUAUUCUCAUGAAGUUAGAGGGGAUUGAUGGCUUGAACAAGGAGCAAGUUCUGAAUCUCAUGGGGGAACAUGAUCUGUAUGAAAUCGGGACUGUUUCGGGCAACCCACCAGGCCCAAGAGCUCCAGAAUAUUGCGUUGUGCGGGCAGAAUCUGAUUGGUGCGAGACCAUGUCUACCAAGUCUAUCACGAUAGUGGAUUUUGGGGAGUCCUUCUUCAUCGACAACCCCCCAAAAACUACUGGUAUUCCAAAUCUCUACGCCGCCCCUGAGAUCAUGUUUGAAGAUUCGGGAAUCCCUGGACUUUACAGUGAUAUAUGGUCAUUGGCCUGUACAUUAUUUGAAGUUCGUACAAACGAGCCUCUAUUGUAUUCCUAUAUCGGUGGCUCGAGUCUCCCUAUAGCCGAACUCGAACUAUAUGUUGGUCUAUUGCCACCAGUAUAUGGAGCAGCUUAUUCCAAAAUGCUCGGCGAAUAUCUAAGGAAAUACAGGAGAGCGCCCAGUGCUCCCGCAGUUGAUCAUGAGGCGGAAUCGAAUGCAAAUUUAAACUCAACUGAAGAUGGAGAUAAAUUUGCAGAUCAAGAUGACGAUGAUCAGCAUAAAAACAUCGACAAAGACAACAGUCUGUAUGAAAACAAGGAUGAAGAUGAUGAAGACAAGCAUGAAAGUGAAUCUGAAAAGAAGUUGAGACAUAGAAGAGAAGAAUUUACCGAGGGAAGCGGAUAUUCAGACGUAUUGGAAGCUAGAUUGGGGGAAGAGAGACAAGUAAUCCGUAAAUUUCAAGACCCCAAGUACCUACCACCGGAUGAUGGCUCGGAAUACAUCAAGUGGCAAUAUUCACGGAAAGAAGUAGUGGAGUUAGCUGAUCUAUUGCGAAAAAUGCUGAAAUACGACCCAUCUGAGCGUAUCAGUAUGGACACUGUCAUUUCACAUCCUUGGGUUGGGUCAACAACAAAAGAUGGAUUUCUCGGAUUUCAGGUUGAGGAUACAAAAUUCUGUUGGACACGGCCAUCCUGCACUUUUCUGUAAGAUAGGUAUUAGGUUAUUAUUAUUGAGGUACUUAGGUAGUUAGACUUCUAAAUGGGACUUUAGAAUAUAUUGGUUUGGUUAU